GUAAAUAGCUGCUGGUGUUGUUCCUUCCUUAAGCUGGUGCAGAAGCAGAUUGUGCACGGCAUAGCCACAUCCUAUUUUAGUACUGACGCAACUUCCAGCCAAACCUCCAGGCAACAUGGAAACACACGCGCCUGACUUUACUCUACCCUCCUCACACACAACUCUCAUUGGACGGAAGACAGCAAAAUCAGCAGAGGACUCUUUUUCAGCCUACAACAGCAAAUACCUCACUGUUCCUCAGAACCGGACUUCCUGGCACAAAAGCGCGACCAGUAGAGCUCUUGAAGCAUCAGUGGUGUCCUACAGAAGUUCUAUUAUCAACAACUACCUGGAAGCGACCCAGGGAGGGGUGAGGGACAAGGCCUCCCCGAGUGGCCUGCACUUCAGGGACAGCAAGAGGAAGGUUGACUAUGUCUUGGCCUACCACUACCGCAGACGCCUGGCCCAGCACGACCCCAGCACAGCCUCCCCGGAGCUGAGGCAUGGAUCUGCCUCUGCAGCCCUGGUUUCGAAUGGAGGCACCAAGAAGGGCCGUGCUGAGCCCCAGCAGCAGCAGCAGGACGAUGGCCAGCAUGCCCUGCGGGAGUGGCCAGGGCUGCCGGGCCUGGAGGUGGUGGAGCUCAGCCCGCUGGACGCCCUGGAGGAGGAGAGGCGGCUGCAGCGGGAGGAGUAUGAACACAACCUGCUGGAAGCAGGGCUGGAGCUCGAGAAAGACCCUGAGGUAAGAGGGGGAGACUUGCUCCUCAUAUGUGGCAUUGGCUGUCCUGAUGGAUAAUGGCCGCUUUGGAUGCCCAAAAUACAGUAUGAAGCUAAGGUGUA